CUCCAAAUGCGGAAAUCGCGCUCAUCCCAGCGACCUGUAUUUAGCCCAUCCUCGAUCCCCUCAACAUUCACGGACUCCCUUCCUCUCCCUACGAUAAUAGUCUUUGACUUAGACUACACGCUUUGGCCCUUCUGGGUGGACACCCACGUCUCUGCUCCUGUUAAACCGCAGGCCUCAACCCCUGGGACGCUGAAUACUCACAUGCUUGACCGCUGGGGAGAGGCAUUUUCAUUCUACUCCGAAGUACCUCACAUACUGGCCGCUGCGCGGGAAAAAGGCAUAGUUAUGAGUUUGGCGAGUAGAACUCACGCGCCCGACCUGGCAAGGGAUAUGUUAAAAGGCCUCCACGUCCCUGCUCCAACACAAUAUGAAUCCAAGGAGACGCGAGAGAGCAAGCUGUCAAGGGCGAUCGACCUAUUUACCCACCCACAAAUAUACCCGGGAUCGAAAACGACACACUUUCGCCGUCUUCAAACGCAACUCUCAAAUGAUGUCGGUGGACAUGGUCAUGGCCAGGGAGGACGAACGAUACCGUUCGAGGAAAUGCUCUUCUUUGACGAUGAAGGAAGGAAUCGUAAUGUGGAAACAGAACUGGGGGUUACCUUUUAUUUGGUGCCAGACGGGGUCGACAGGGAAGAGGUGGAUCGAGGAGUCUGGGAAUGGAGGAGAAGGAGAGGAAUUACACCAAAU